CGGCCGAGCUUCGAGGCCGGCCGCCCACAAGGCUCGUGCGCCCUCGUAGGGUCCUGGUCGGCGGCGUCUGCGGCGGCCCCGGGCCCAUGGCGGCGUCGGCGGCUCUGUCGGCAGCGGCGGCGGCGGCGGCCCUGUCCGGCCUAGCGGUGCGGCUGUCGCGCUCCGCCGCGGUCCGAGGCUCCUACAGCGCCUUCUGCAAGGGACUCACGCGCACGCUGCUCACCUUCUUCGACCUGGCGUGGCGGCUGCGCACGAACUUCCCCUACUUCUACGUGGUGGCCUCGGUGAUGUUCAAUGUCCGCCUGCAGGUACGCAUCGAAUGAGCGCCCGCGGCGGGGCGAGCGGCGGCCGCCACUGGCCCGCGCCCGGCUCCCGGCCAGGACGCCGGGACCUGAAGGACAGCGGCGAGGCCCAGGGUCGCCGGGACA